AUUCAUCUGGUCAGGACGCGGAGCUGAGGCGCGGUGCUGCUGCCCUCCACCUCCUCUUUAUCCUCCUCUCUUCCUCUCCUCUCCUCUCUUCCUCUCCUCCUCUCCUCCUCCUCUCUUCAUUAAUUGUGUUUCCUCCCGACUGACUGACAACUAGUUGUGUCUGUUAGCGCAGUGUCUGCCCACCCAUGGGCGCUGCUGUCCACACUGUGUGUGCUGCUGCUCCGCCGGCUGGCUGGGCUGUCCGUCCGGUGCGCCUCAGCUCUCCUCUCCUCCUCUCCUCCUCUCCUCCUCUCCUCCUCUCUGCUCUCUGCGGUCGGUUCGGGACGCUUAUCCGCUUUUUUAUGAAUGAAUAACGAAGACUGGGAAAUAUGCGAGUGACUCUCCUCCAGCAGCAGCAGCAGCAGCAGCCGCGCUCCCGGGGGGCCAUCCACCGAUGAGAGGGAUUAACCACGGAGCGGAGCGGAGCCGCGGCUCAUUGCGGAAAAAGCCUUGUGCAGCCCGGCGUGGAGACGCGCCGUGAGGGAGACGGGCUAGAGAGAGAAAACCCGCGGUGACCACAAUGUCCAUCCACAUCGUGGCUCUGGGCAGCGAGUGCCCUGGAGGAGUCGGGCCCGGAGAGGAGAUCAUGGGCCAGGGCCAGCUGCAGGGAGGCCUCCUGUGGAGCUACCUGGGCCACGGGGCUCUGGUGGGACCCUGCGACCUGGAGAGCAGCAUGCACAACCCGGCCUUCAUGGAGUACACCUCGCAGGUGUUUGGAGAUGUCACUGUGGUGGUGAGGGAUUGCCCCAGCUGGGACUUGCUGGACAGCGAUUGGACCAGCGUACGGAAAGUUCUCGAGCAAGCGGACAUCCUGGUGAUUAAAUAUUCAGUCACUGACAAGUUGGCCUUCCAGCAGGUCAGGAACGGCUACGCCCCGAGACUCCGCCCGCUCCUGAGGCACUGGGGCGUGCCUGUCAUCCUGGUCGCUGUCGGAGCGCGGCUCAACGACGAAGGCCCUCCGUGUACGUGCCCGCUGUGUGCGUCCGACUGGAGCAGCUGUGUUCCUCACAGUGAAGGUCUGCAGCUGUCCCGCGACCUGGGGGCCACCUACCUGGAGCUGCCCUCGCUCAACCACGUCUUCGUGGGGCGCUACUUCGGCAGUGUGCUGGAGUACUUCAUGAUUCAAUGUCUGAAGCACAAAGCCAAAGAGCGUCCGGAGAAGAGGCGAGGAAACAAAGUGAACGAUCUUCGUCCCCCUCACUUAGAGCAACCAGCACGUCUUCCUCCCAUCCGAGUAGAGGAGUCCAGCUUCUCCCAGGACAUGCAGUGGUUGUUGGAGCGUGGCGUGCAGUUCGCCGAUGUGGCUUUCUACGCCGGGGAUUCUGGGAAAGAGCUGGGGUGGGCGCACGCGGCCGUGCUGUGUGCUGUCAGUCCGUACUUCAGACAGCUGCUCCUGGGGCCCAAGAACAGGGAACGUCCCCAGUCGCGGUGUGUUUGCAGAGAGCGGGAUGGAGGCCCCAAUUCGCUGCUCUCCACCUGGGACGGGGGGAUUAUCGACGACAUGCCACGAACAGAGGGGCACCUGACGGGACGCCUCUCUCGUCUGGUUGUAAAGGACCCCCUCCUGUGUAUGUGCUUGUGGGAGACUCUCAUGUUCAUUUAUAGAGGAGCGUGGGAGUGGGAUCACCUCCAGGAGGCCCUGGAAGAGAAGCUGAAGAACUCGCUAGCCGUGGCUCAGCUUAUGGAGCGCAUACGAUCCCUCAUCGGCAAAGACAGGGGCCCCAGGGACACCCCGAGCGCCCGGGCAGCUCAGCUCGGCCCCCAGACUCUUGUCAACCUCUUCAAUUCUCCUCUUUACUCCGAUGUCAUCUUCAUGGUGCAAGGGAGUGUAUUGCCAGCUCACCGAGCAGUGCUGGUGGCGCGCUGUGACGUCAUGGCUGCCAUGUUCAGCGGGAAGUACGCAGAGGCCCGGAGCCGAGUGGUGCCCAUCCACGGUGUCUCCUCGGAUACCUUCCUGUCUUUCCUGGAGUACCUCUACACUGACUCCUGCUGUCCUGCCAGUGUGCUGCAGGCCAUGGCCGUGCUGGUCUGCGCCGAGAUGUACCAGGUGAAACGUCUGCAGCAUCUGUGUGAGGUGUGUGUGUGCGCUUACCUUCAGAGCAUGCCCAGUAGAGAGCUGUCGUCGACGGGCAUCAGCGUGAUCCGACUUCUCCGCCGAGCAAAGUGCCACAAUGCAGAGCAGCUGUACGUCUGGCUCCUCCACUUUAUCGCCAACAACUACCUGAUCUUCAGUCACAAACCCGACUUCCUGGAGCUCUCAGGUCAGUGUGUGCACUUUUUAAACAUGUACAGUAAGCAAACGUCUGACAAAUUCAAAUAAGCCUUGUAAGUGAUGGUUGUGGGAUCUGAAAUGGCUGCACAGAGUGAUAGCAAAAUGAAACUGCUGAUUUCAACAGUUUAGAGGGCUUCAGACUUCGCUUUAAAAAUGAUUAAGUCAAAGUGCCUCCGGGCUUUUCAGGAUCUGUUGUGCUCUUCCACGCAGUAAAUGUAGGUUAGGCUCCCUCUGUCUCAGAUAAGUGCUGCAGAUGGUAGGGAGGUACUCAUUCUUUAUCAAACGGACAACCAAGUUUAUAAAAUACAUGGAGGUGUAAUCAAGGUGUCCAUGAAUCAGUUGUGAAUUAAAAAGGAAACACUAGUAAUGUCAAACUUUCUAUUUUUGGAGUUUUGAGAACAUCUGUUUCUAGACACCUACGAAAACCUCUGUAUUUUAUGCCAGUGGUUCCCAAACUUUUACAAAACUAACACAAAUUAAACCACAGACCCCUAUUUGAUAAGAUUUUGUCCCAGGGUCCCCCAUCUGAUAGGCUUUUUGCUGAUUUUUGUCAUACAUUCGGUCAUUGUGUUACUUAUGGAUGGAUGUAUAGUGAAAAUAAAUGAUUCCCCUUUUUGCUGGGGACCCCCUGGAACCCGGUUUAGGACCGCUGGGGGUCCCCGGACACCACUUUGGGAACCACUGUUUUAUGCUAUACUGCCAUAUCGCACAAUAUGGCAGUGUUCAUAUAUUAGAAAGCACCUCAGAAUAAUGCUUCCUUAUAGUAUGCUCAAUACUAUAAGUUUAUGCUUGAGUUGUAUAUAAUACCUGUCAUUGCUUCACAGUUAUCAUAUGCGUUCAAUAGGCACAGUUAAAGAUUAACAGCAACGGUGCUCCGGUUAGUAGCAGUAGCACAUUUUUAUUGUCAUCAUUAGUCAUACACACAACAACCCUUUAAGGUCAUUGGACGGGUACUUUAAGGGCACAAGCAAAGUCAAAAGCCACAAUAAGGAGACAGCACAUGAUCGAUCACCGCUGGUCUUCUGUUGCUUGUUGGUGUAAACAAAAUCUUAUCAGACAUUUCAGCCUUGUUGUUCAUGGCAGCAAUCCAAGCAGUUGUUAGUGUAUGUGUUUGGUUAUGUAUGUGUGUGCCAGGCACAGUGAAUAUGGCAGUAAAUUACAGUUGAUUUGCUUUUGUGUUCCAGAGGAGGAGCGCGAGCAGGUGGAGAGGCUACGUUGGCCGUCCAGAGGCUACCUGCAGGAGCUCAGCGAGUACCAGCAGCGGCGGCGCAAACUACGCAAGUCCCGCUGCAUAGUCAUGUGACCCCAACUGGAUGCCUAAAAUAUGUGGGAGACAGGGGGAGGGAGGGAGAGCAGAGGAGGGUCCAGGGAGAAAAUAAUGAGUGAGACGAGUCAUCAACAUGUGGAGAAACAGACGGAUGAACUUGUUUGUUGUCCUGGAUGAAAGGCUGAUUCUGAGGGACACUGCUGCCGAGGUCAUGAGACUCCUUAACCAAUAGGACAACGUUGUCGAGCUGUGACACGCCUCUUCCCCUGGAGGAAAGACUGUGCAUCCUUUGCGUAAUGACUAUUCCAUCAUGGGCAAUACAAAAUGACUGAUAUGAAUUUAAAAUGACCAGCUGGCCACUGACCAGGGGCUCUGUGAAAGAUUAUAUUUAUAUUGGCCGAUGCAAAAUGGAGGAUUUUCGACUAUGAACAGUGACUCAAAAUGGCUCCAGAUAUAUCAAAUGACCACACAUCUGUUGGAAAACAGGCCGGGAUCAUGUGCAGACCAAACUACAGUGAUAUGACUUCAGUUCGAAAAAGCAGGAAGGAAACUGUGCUGAAGUGUUUUCUUCUCUACCCAACACCUGGAGAGGUCUGAGUAUCUCCUGUACGCUGGACUGCUCCGUCUUACAUUAAAAGGCCCAUGAUGCA